UUAUGCAGCUGCUUGUCAACAAGAUGGCCUUCCUCCUCCUGUCGUUUUGACACUGAUUAUUUUGGUAUCCCCGAGAACAUACCGUAAAAGCUUGUGUCACUUCUAAAUAGAUAGUGGGAGAGCGAAUGCUUAGAGUCCUAACAAGGCGUACGGUCAGAUAGACUUUGUUCAGAGGACUGACAGGCACACAAGCCUCGAUAGCAGCCAUCAACAAGACAAGGUUGAUAAUAGAAAAUAGCUGCUGGCUAAUGUCGAUGUUAGCCAGCGAGUGAGCUAGCUUAGCUACGUGGACACGGAUAGUUAACUCGUGUCACCUGUAUUUCACUAGAAAAACUGGUUUGUUUAGAGGGAAAUACAGUGGGAAACACUUGUCAUCGACCGUAUACAAGUCAAGAAGGUUGGCUGUGGAGAUUAACGCUGCUACGGUUGUAUGCCCAGUGUUGCUGGUGACUUUGAUGACAGACAGUGCCCAUCAGGUUGGCGCUGUGACAGGGAGCCGACAAUGAGAGCUCUGGCUCUGGGUGUUUGCUGGCCAGCGUAGAUGCAGAUAUGCCCCGGGGGUCCGCAUCCUGAUGGACCGAGACACCUUCUCCCACAUCCGCCUGUGGUGCCCACGCCCCUUUGGCACCUACUCCCAGAACAAAGCUAGGAGCCCAGGCUCAGGGGGCAGUGGGGGAGGCGGCGGUGGUUGGACAGGGGCACCCUCCCUCUGCAAGGCUGAGCCCUCUCCGGGUGCCAGAAGGACUGUGGAUGGAAGUGAAGAUGGAGGGAUGAUAGUGGGUGUGCAGGAGGAGAAUGCAGAAGAGAAGGAUGUGGGCUCAGAGAACACUCCACCCGAACCUGAGCUUGCCCCCAGCUCCCUGACGCAGAGCCAGGCCCCUCCACCCUCUUCAGCCCCUUCCCCACCACCCUCUUCCGGGUCCCAGAUGGAAGAUGGUCGGGUGCUGUUAGACACCUGGUAUGUUAUUAAACCAGGCAACACCAAGGAGAAGAUAGCAUUCUUUGUUGCACACCAGUUCAGUGGAGCAGGCCAGCCCAGACCCAGCGCUAUGAAGGUUAAAGGUAACUGGGCAACUGACUGCAGUAAAGCCAAAAGACGAAGAAGAUGCUCAUCCUAUGACCCUCCAACACGCUCCCAAGCCUCAGAGCCAAACCUCAGCCAUGACUCCUCCCUUGCGCCUCCUAUCCCUGAUGAGCCACCUUUAGGAGGAGUGAAUGAGACAGACCUUCUGUCGGUGGCAGAGAUGGUUGCCUUGGUUGAGCAGAGGACAGCCAUGGCCCUCCAAGGAAUUGUGGCUGUUCAUGGGAAUCAACACCACCAUCAGCCCCCUAAUACCACUCACAGUCCGGGCCUUACCACACACCAGCACACUCUACUCCGGGGCACGGUGUCAGACCCUACUCCUAUUGUGUUUGUGUCAGACAGUUCAAAUGGCCAGCCCUCCAAAGAGGACCAGGAGUCAUCAUCUCCCAUCCAGAUAGACCAGGAGCUGGAGGAGCAGCAGGAGUCAUUGAGGGUAGCCCAGGCCAUAGCACACUUUGAGUCCCAGAACCAGGAGAAUCAGUUCCAUCUGGGCGCUGGUCCUGGAACAGACUCUUCUAAACAAGACCGAGAACGGGAGCAUAGGAGAGGAGGGGAGUCCGGUGUUGUAACCCCUCCUCCACCCCCUAGUCACAGUCAUGGUGAGGUUAGAAUAGCUUUCAGAGUGUCAAAUCUGGAUCCACGGUCUCAGUUGGAGCCAGCUGGCAGGUCACGCUGUAUGUUUAUGAGCUGUGGUAGUGGGGGUAACCAGGCAGCGGCCAGGGCCAAAGAGAAAAUCACCUGUGACCUCUACCAGCUUGUCAGCCCCUCAUCUAGAGACCCCAGUAGUCUGCUGCUUGCCGCCACAACUGCUGCCCCCAAACCAGAUGGAGACCUCCAUCACCCAGACAGGCAGGCAUGUGGCAGCCCAGACCCAACCCAGGAGGAGAAGAAAGCUGUGGGUGUGUGUAGGGAGCGAGUGACUGGCUUCCAUGUGGAGGUGGUGGUGACAGGUGCUGUGGACCAAUGUGUGUUUUAUGGCAAAGACAGUACAGAGAAUGUGCAGGAGGAAACGGUGUGCUUCGCUAUGCCUAGUGGUGGGGGUGUAGGGAGCUCCACUGACCCUUCAUCAGAUGAUCCCCCUCCUGGACAACUCUUCUUCCUUCAGCCCCCUCGGGGCCCAGAGGAGGAUGUAAAAGGAACGGGCAGUGGGUCAGGAAUUUGCUCUUUGGACUGUGCCAACAACAAUGGCCCUGGGGCAGGGGUGGCAGGGGGCUCAGGGGAGCGGGCAACUCGACCAAAUUCUCCCAGCGUUGGAGAGGACUGUUCAGAUCCUUCACUGUGUCGCCUCUACCGCCACGUGUCCCAUGACUUCCUGGAGAUCCGCUUUCAGAUUCAGCGCCUCCUUGAGCCGCGCCAGUACAUGCUGCUGCUGCCUGAUCACAUCAUGGUCAACAUCUUCAGCUACCUGCCGACACGCUCACUGGCAGCCCUCAAGUGCACCUGCCACUACUUCAAGGUGUUGAUUGAGACAUAUGGGGUGCGGGCAGUGGAUUCACGCUGGAAUCAAGACCCUCUCUACAGGGAUGACCCCUGCAAGCAGUGUAAGCGACAAUAUGAGCGCGGGGACGUUUCCCUGUGCCGAUGGCACCCCAAACCUUACCACCACGACCUGCCUUAUGGACGUUCCUACUGGAUGUGCUGCCGGCGUACAGACAAGGACACACCGGGCUGCCGUGUUGGGCUCCAUGAUAACAACUGGGUCCAGCAGCCUGCUGAUGGCUCGCAGCCCAUUCGCACCAGGAGGGAGGACAGGAGGGAGGAGGCCAGGUAGAGAGGAAAGACUACACCUCACACAUGCCAACUCUCAUCUCCUCCUGCUUACCUCGUUCUUGCUCCCUAUCAUCUCUGUUUAGAGAACGAACAGGACAAAAGAGGAUUACAAGGAAGAAUCAGCACUCCAAGACUGUUUUUGUUUUUCUUUGCUCCAGCACUCCUUUCUCGUACUUGCCCUCAGUGGAGGGAAGUUGAGAGAGAAAGAAGGAAGAGAGAUGUGUCACUCUCCUUGCCUUUUUUCAAGCCCUACAGAAUCCCUCUCUCCCCGUACUGUCCUCCAGAGUGGCACCUUUUAAAAGUUUGCAUACCAGGGUUGGGGUCCCCUCCUGCUGCUGUCAGUCAGCCCUCUUUCUGCCUCUUAAUCAUUCGGGUUUCUGUCUAACUCCGUACAUGGCUGUUAGGUAAUUCAUGUGAAAACUUUGCAGUGUAUUUGAUUGAGAUUAGCAUUCAUAAAGUGACUCAUAGAAAUGUAUUGCCCUAGAGCCUCCUUACUGUUCCCAGUACUUCUAUGUUGCAUCACAAACUUCCAUGUUAGCUGUACAAUGGUGCUUCAAGGAAUAAGCUGUACCGAGUCCAACAGAUGUAAAAGUUUUCAGUGGUGGAAUGUUAAGCGUUGCUAAAGAAAUGUGAUUGUAUAAAGCAAACUUGAUUUUCCGUUGUACAAGAUGCCAGUCGUACCUGUCCCGCGCCAUGCGUUUCUAUUUCUCUGAAUGUGCUGUAAUGUUGUACUAUGUUGAUUAGUCCCCUGAUGAUGCUGCUGAAAUCAUUGCCUGUGUCACUGACCUAUUUCUGAACUAGCCAUACCAUUGGUUAAUGACAGGCACAGUCUCACCAUACUAGCCAGUCUCACUGGCCACUGGUAUUGUUUUAGAGUGGACCCUAACCUUGCUGACCAGCCAUAAAGAGGAGCCACUGAGUACUUUCUGGUUUACAGAGAAUUAUGGGAGAUGGACUUUAUUGAUUAAGACCAGUGGGAUUGAAUGGGAUUAAAAAGAGAAACUUGAUGUCACUUUGGAAAGGCCUGAUGUCACUUUGUAUGGUUUGAUUGACUUGCUUGUUUGCCUUUUUUUUGUUUGGCUGUUUUAUUGGCGUGUCAGAGAAUGUUUGCUGUUGUAUUUGCUUUUAUUCUUGAGGACUGUGUUCUCCCUGUAUCAGUUUGUCACCCUACUCUACCUGCAAAGAUGUAUUUUUUAAAUGCUCCAUCUUUGUUUUAACCCCACUCCCCAGCUCUCUUCCUUUCCUCCGAUUCGGCAGAGGGCAGUGUUUGCCAAAGCAGUCAUUCAUGCUUCAAAGCGGUUGAAACCAACUACCGCAGACACUCUCUACACCAGCUUCCAGCCUUAAAAGCCCCCUACCUCUUACCCACCCUGCAGGAGACUGAGGCGUCGGAUACCUCACAGAUGAUCAAGAGUAUUGGGAGUUGCACAGGACCCUGAAAGUGGCUAGAUAUCAGAUGUUCAAUAGACUCCAUCCAGCUCUACUGGAUCCGCCCAUAACUCUUUGUGUGGGAGUGUAAGAUGAACAGUGCCUGGUGACUCAUCAUUCUUGGAAAAAUCUCCCCUUGCUGUUAAACUCACCCACCCCUGCAAGCUGACAGAUUGGACUGAUGUGAUGAAUGAUGCUGAAACUCUGCAUGGAGGUGGGAAGAUGGUUGGGUAUUCAUGGGAGAACUCUGUAGGUUCCAGACAUGUACAGUGCUAAUGGGAAAUAUCUGCUUAAAUAAAAACAGAAGUGAUGAUUAAAACUGGAAA